CCGGAAGGCCCUUUCUUCCCAUCCAAGACGUGAACCAGGGAAGAGGGGGGCACGCUCCGUUAAGCCCCCUCUAUAUAUGAUGCCCAUCGCUAUUCCCACUAGCUUCCCUCCUUCUCUAAUCCCCGUCUUCUCUUCUUGCUUCAAAACCCUAAAUCCUCUGCUCCUUCAUCGAUCCAUUCCGAUCGCGGACGAGUCCAAGGAUUCGAAUCGUUGGAACAUUCGAGCCUAAAUUCGAGCACGUUGGUGAUAUUAUUCUAUCGGAGAAGUUUGACCCGCCGAAUCGAAGCCUUCUUCGAAGUAGAGCCGUCGGAAGGAGGCAAAGUUCUUGCGAGAGCUAGUUGCUACAGGGGUUUUCUCGAGAAGAUAUGACCAUAGCCUUUCCUUUUGGAAAGGGAAAAGAAAUCAAGAAUGGCUUCGAGGGCGAUUGCCAGAGGGAAGAAGUACCUGCUGGAGCACCUGAAUGUACCUGCACGGCCAUAUUCUAGUUUUUCAAGUUUUGGACAUGGAAGAUUUGCUCAUGAUGCAAGUACAAGGAUUAUGUGUCCAGUCUCCGAGCAGAAUACUGACAAUGCUGACUGUCAGAAGGAGAAGGAGGCAGCAGCAAUAGCCAAACAGGAUUUGUUGCACUUUUAUGCAAAAGGGUUUCUUAAGCAUCCACCGAGCAGAAUUUAUGUUGCGAGUUUUGGAUAUGAGAGACAAGAUUUCACUCUACCCUUGGGCAUCAGAUGGUUGUCGCAGUCUGUGCACACUGCAUCCACGGCUACAGCUGGUCAAACAGAGACGCACGGUGGGGAAGAGGAGACUGAAGAUCAGAACCAAAAACAGAUAAAAGAGGUAUUGCCUGAGGAAUGUGAUCAGGCUGUGGAAGGCCUGAGCACAGCAAAAGCUAAAGCAAAAGCCAAGCAGAUGCAAGAAUCUCAGAAGACUAAAUCAAUCAUACAAAAGUUCUGGGCAAGGCUUCUGGGGAUUGGUCCUGCUUUGAGAGCUGUUUCCUCCAUGAGCAGGGAGGAUUGGGCCAUAAAGCUUCGACACUGGAAGGAUGAAUUUGUAUCUACCAUGCAGCACUAUUGGCUGGGUUUGAAACUACUGUGGGCAGAUAUCAGGAUUUCAUCGAGACUAUUGUUGAAACUUGCUGGUGGAAAGAACCUCACCAGAAGAGAAAGGCAGCAGCUGACACGCACCACAGCUGAUAUCUUCAGGCUGGUUCCAUUUGCAGUUUUCAUUAUAGUUCCAUUUAUGGAGUUCUUGCUGCCAGUCUUCUUGAAAUUAUUCCCAAACAUGUUGCCAUCCACUUUUCAGGACAAGAUGAAAGAACAGGAAGCAUUGAAAAGGAAACUUCAAGCAAGAAUAGAGUAUGCAAAGUUUUUGCAGGACACUCUGAAAGAAAUGGCAAAGGAAAUCCAAACCUCACGUAGUGGAGAAAUUAAACAGACUGCAGAAGAUUUAGAUGAAUUUCUGAACAAGGUCAGGACUGGUGCCCGUGUUUCCAAUGAUGAAAUUUUAAGCUUUGCAAAAUUAUUCAACGAUGAGCUGACUUUGGACAAUAUCAGCAGGCCAAGGUUGGUAAAUAUGUGUAAAUAUAUGGGGAUCCCGCCAUUUGGAACAGAUAAUUAUUUGCGGUAUAUGCUUCGAAGAACAUUACAAAAGAUUAAAAAUGAUGAUAAACUGAUCCAAGCUGAGGGUGUGGAGUCUCUUUCAGAAGAGGAACUUAGGCAGGCUUGUCGUGAACGAGGCUACCUUGGGUUGCUCUCAACAGAGGAGAUGCGCCAACAGCUUCGUGACUGGUUGGAUCUGUCUCUUAAUCACUCUGUGCCAUCUUCUCUCCUGAUACUCUCAAGGGCCUUCAUUCUAUCUGGAAAGAUGAAACCAGAGGAGGCUGUUGUAGCCACACUAUCGUCUCUACCAGAUGAGGUUGUGGAUACCGUCGGUACUGCUUUGCCAUCGGAAGAUUCGGUAUCUGAGAGGAGGAGGAAGUUGGAGUUCCUCAAGAUGCAGGAAGAACUUAUCAAGGAGGAAGAGAAAAAGCAAGAGAAAGAGGAGAAAGCUAAAAUAAAGGAGUCUGGGAUCAGUGAGGAGGAUGUGGCUUUGAAGGAAAUGACUGAUCCUACCGCUAAGGAAGCAGAGGAGCUGGUGAAAGCAAAAACACUAGAAAAGCAUGAAGAACUCUGUAAAAUCAGCCGUGCACUGGCUGUACUGGCCUCAGCAUCUUCAGUGAGCAGGGAGCGCCAAGAGUUCCUACGGCUUGUAAACAAAGAGAUUGAACUGUAUAAUACCAUGCUGGAGAUGGAGGGUACUGAAGGUGAAGAAGAGGCUAAGAAAGCAUACCAAGCUGCUAGGGAGAAGAGUGAUCAUGCAGCUGAAGUAGCUGCAGGGGACAAAGUCUCAUCAGCACUUAUAGAUAGGGUUGAUGCUUUGCUACAAGAACUUGAAAAGGAAAUUGAUGAUGUAGAUGCUAAAAUUGGUAAUCGCUGGCAAAUACUGGACAGGGAUCAUGAUGGCAAAGUGACACCUGAAGAGGUAGCUGCUGCUGCCACGUACCUUAAAGACACAAUAGGAAAGGAAGGUGUCCAAAAACUCAUCAGCAACCUUUCGAGAGAUAAAGAGGGGAAGAUUCUGGUAGAAGACAUUGUAAAGCUGGCAUCACAAACUGAUGAUGCUAAUGGAGUUGAAGCAGAACGGCUAUAGUUGGUUAAAUAGGGACAAAUGCUCAUCUCUUUCUGAACCCAUAAUAUCCAUUUUUUUCAAACUUGUACCAAUAUUUGUCAGAUAGGUCUGUAGCUUGUAGUUCCAUCGCAGAUCUUGCAGCAAAAUGUAUGUUCCACCCAUGGCCUCAUGGAUUUUUUGCCUCAGUGCCGUGUAUGUUCUCAUUCACUGUGGA